AUGACACAAGGCACCACUGAGAAGCCCCCGGGGUCAACGAGCAGGCCAUCAACGUCAGAAGAUGACAAGCCGACGAGCACGCCCAGCAAGCCUUCUGGCCAGAACGGAUAUUUGCGGGUAUUUCGAUAUGGAUCGACCUCCGACUAUGCACUCGAAUCCGUCGGCAUUGUUGCGGCUAUUGGUUCCGGCGUGGCCCUGGCCAUGGUGAAUCUUGUCAUGGGCAACUUCAUCAACUUACUUAGCGGCUUCACAACUGGCAAGGGACAGCCACCAAGCAACUUCGUGGACCAAGCGGCCAAAUACUCCCUCUACUUCGUUUAUAUCGGUAUCGCGCGCCUCGUUUUGACCUACGUUUACGCGUCGCUCCUCACGUAUGUCGCGCUCAAAUUGACACGAAAUCUGCGGCGCGCAUACCUACGGUCCGCCCUCAGUCAAGAGAUCAGCUACUUUGACCACGGCACCAGUGGCUCUAUUGCGAUGCAGGCGACGUCAAAUGGCAAGCUCAUCCAGAACGGCAUCGCGGAGAAGCUGGGACAGGUCUUCCAGGCACUAUCAACCUUUGUCGCCGCCUUCAUCAUUGCCUUCAAGACACAGUGGAAACUGACGCUGAUUAUCAUUUGCAUCCUCCCGGCUCUGUUGAUUAUCGUGACGGGCGUCGCCAUGGUUGAUGCAAAGAUUGAGACGAAGAUUCUCAGGACGUUCGGCAAGGCCGGUGCGUUUGCCGAGUCGGUGCUCGGGAGUGUGCGUACGACGCACGCAUUCAGCCUUCACCAGCGGAUGGUGUCCAAGUACGAGAAGCAUCUUCAAGAGGCUCGAGACCUCGGAGGAAAGAAAAGUCCUCUGUAUGGCAUCAUGUUUGGCGGAGAAUACUUUAUCCUAUUUGCUGGCAUGGGUCUUGCGUUCUGGCAAGGCAUCAGCAUGAUUGCUCGAGGCGAAGUGGACAACAUCGGCACGGUCUUCACUGUGCUAUUCUCGGUCAUUAUCGCCGCCAGCACGAUCAAUUCGGUCGCGCCACACUUUGUGACCUUUAGUCGAGCCUCGACCGCGGCAUCCGAGCUCUUCUGCCUCAUCGACCGUCCGUCAGACAUUGAUCCAUUCGAUCCUUCUGGGGAGAAACCGCUGGUCACGUCUGGAAAUGUCGAGUUGAAAGGCGUGACUUUCAGCUAUCCUACACGGCCCACCGUCCGUGUGUUGCAGGAUUUCAGCUUGACAGUCCCAGCCGGGAAAGUGACGGCUCUUGUGGGUGCAAGUGGUUCCGGGAAAAGCACGAUCGUUGGCCUUCUCGAACGGUGGUAUCGCCCAGCAUCAGGAACCAUCCGCCUAGACGGUACCGAUAUUGAAAAUCUGAACCUCCGAUGGCUGAGGACCAAUAUCCGACUUGUGCAACAGGAACCUGUUCUCUUCAACGGUACUGUCUUCGAGAAUAUUGCCAAUGGGCUCGUAGGCACUCCGUGGGAGACGUCUUCACAAGAAGAGCAGCGCGAAAGAGUGAAGGCCGUCGCUAAAGUCGCCUUCGCGCACGACUUUAUUGAGGAUCUCCCCCAGGGCUACGACACCCGCAUCGGAGAGCGCGGCGGGUUGUUGUCCGGAGGACAGAAGCAGCGAAUUGCGAUUGCACGCAGCAUCAUUUCCGAACCAAAGAUCUUGCUCCUCGACGAGGCGACGAGCGCGCUGGACCCGAAUUCUGAAGCCAUUGUGCAGAGGGCACUAGACGAAGCGUCCAAGUCUCGAACCACGAUAGUCAUCGCCCACAAGCUCAAAACGAUUAGAGAUGCCGAUAACAUCGUUGUGAUGGGAAAGGGUUCAAUCUUGGAGCAGGGUACGCAUGAUGAUCUGGUUGCCCGAGGCGGUACGUAUUCGACUUUGGUAAAGGCGCAGGACCUGUCACCACACGCAGCUACGAAAGACAACGACAGCUCUGAGGAGGACAACAGCGCCGCGCUGAAAGAACGACAAUCCCUGGCGAAAACGCGUACAGAAGAUGGAACGGCGUUGGACCUUAAGGAUCGCGAAGACUACAAUCUUGCCCCCCGCACUGGCGUUGUUCACACAGUACUGAGGCUCGUUGCAAACACACCCGAGCUCUGGACGUGGUACGCCGUGUCACUAGCUGGAUGUGUCAUUGGCGCUGGCAUGUAUCCCGGGCAGACUCUCUUGCUCGGCAACGUCAUGGACGUCUUUGGGUCUUCCGAUAUGCAAAGCCGCGGCAACUUUAUCUCUCUCAUGUUCUUCGUCAUGGCUCUUGGCUUGCUGUGCAUCUUCUUCGUCCUUGGUUGGACCACAAACGUCAUCUCCCAGGCGCUUGGGCAACGCGUGCGACGGGACAUGUUGUCCGCCAUGUUGCGACAGGACCUUCGCUUCUUCGAUCGCCCCGAGAACACAGUCGGGGCGUUGAUCAGUCGCAUCGACUCGCACGCGCAGGCAGUGUUUGAGCUCAUGGGCUUUAGCAUUGCGCUCAUUGUCAUCUGCAUCGUCAUGAUCUUGGCCUGCGGAAUCCUUUCGAUUGCGACGUCGUGGAAGCUUGGGCUUGUCGGCGUGUGUGCUGGCAUCCCGCCCAUGGUGCUGGCGGGCUAUAUUCGGAUUCGAACAGAGACAAAGAUGGACCACAACAUCGACAGCAGGUUCUCGAAUAGCGCGUCCGUGGCCUCGGAGUCGGUCAACGCGAUCCGAACCGUGUCGUCGCUAGCCAUCGAGGAGACAGUCUUGCGAAGGUACACAGCAGAGCUGGAUCACGCUAUUUCCGGCUCGAGGCAAUCAUUGUUUACGAUGAUGAUUUUCUUCUCGUUCACGCAGUCUAUUGAGUACUUUGUUUUGGGACUGGGCUUCUGGUGGGGAUCGAAGCUGUUGUCACAAGGCGAAAUCAGCUUCUACCAACUCAUUGUGUCUUUCAUGGCCGUAUACUUUGCAGGGCAGGGGGCGGGCCAGAUGUUCAGCUUCGCCGGCAGUUUUACAAAGGCGAGUUCCGCGGCGAACUACUACUUCUGGCUAUGCAAUCUUGUGCCGACGAUACAAGACACGACGGAGAACCGCCAAGUUGCGCCGGCAAAUGGUUGCAAGUCGUAUGACUUCUCGAAUGUCGCGUUUGCCUAUCCGCUCGCGCCGAACAACCGCGUGCUGAAAGGCAUCUCCCUGAAUAUCCAACCCGGGAAAUUUGUCGCAUUCGUUGGCGCAUCGGGCUGUGGCAAAAGCACAAUGAUCUCUCUGCUCGAGCGCUUCUACGAUCCUUCGAGCGGGCAAAUAGUCAUCGAUGGGAGCCAUCCGCUGACGUCGCUCAGCCCACGGCUAUACCGCCGACAGGUCGCGCUCGUCCAGCAGGAGCCGGUGCUCUUUCCCGUCAGCAUUCGCGAGAACGUCGCAAUGGGCAUCGACACGGAUGGCGUCGACGGGGACCCCAACGCGCAUGCUGUCGACGACGACAUGAUUGAGGCCGCCUGUAGGGCUGCCAACGCAUGGGAUUUCGUCAGCUCCCUGCCAGAGGGUCUCAACACUCUCUGCGGCACCAGCGGCAGUCAACUGUCUGGCGGCCAGCGGCAGCGCAUAGCCAUCGCCCGUGCACUUGUAAGGAACCCUUCGGUCAUUCUCCUCGACGAGGCGACGAGCGCUCUAGACACCGAGUCCGAGCGGAUUGUCCAGGCGGCGCUCAUGGAGGCGGCGAGCAGCGGCGACAGGAUCACGAUUGCAGUGGCUCAUCGCCUCUCCACCGUUCGACACGCCGAUGCAAUCUUUGUGUUUUACGCCGGCAGGAUUGCCGAGGCUGGGUCGCACGAAGAGCUCAUCAAGCAAGGCGGCAUGUAUAAGAAGAUGUGUGAAGCUCAGAGCCUGGACACUGCGGCCUGA